UGCAAUAGGGUUAAGUGUUGUCCGUAAAUUUUUUUGGUAUAAUUUGUUAAAAGUUUUUUUAUUUAAUUCAAAGCUUUUAUUUGUAGUAAAUUUUUUUAUCUAAGUAUCGCUUUAACUGAUCAAUUUUUUCCCCAUUUUUGCCGGUGACGUAAGUCCCUGUGAUGUUGCUAACAUUGUUAUAAAUGCUACUAUAUUAUAGUGUUGUGUUUAGUGUCUUCUGUUUGUACGUCGUAAUAGUACUCGUGCCGUCGACGGCGAAUUUUCGUGACUUCGGUCGCUAGCGUCACUGUCAUUGUCAUUGGCUGAAGCUCUUCGGAUCGUGCUUUAAUUAAAUUCGCUUUAAGGCCGUUUUUAUAAACUACUCAAGAAUGUAAGAGUCACGAAAUGUAAAAAAAUUAAUAACGACGUUUUCAAAUACCAGUAUAUAAACUAUGCAAGUCACAAAACUGGAAUGUAAGCAUCUGCUUACUUUCAAUUUUUUUUUGCCUGCUUAAAGGCACUGCCUCAUACGCACAGUCGCAUCUAUCUGAUGUGUCGAAGCUGAUGAUGCAGCUGCGUAAAUUACAUUUGAUUUGUUCACAUGACUUAUGAUGUCAGGUGGUGAUGGUACAGUUGCGUGGAGUGAAUCAAUUGUCAGAGUUGGCAAACUUGAACUCCUGAGGUCAGACACUUAGACAGCAAGCACCAUCUGCAUUUAACAUCAUGAACAGAAUCUGCUAAUGAGAAACAUGUUGAGUCCAUCUGUAACAGUGCAAAAAUAAUUAUUUCUUAAUAGUUUUUUUUUAAAAUUUAAUUUCGUUUUGGGAACCAUUUUUGUUUGUAUUUCCCCCCCCCCCCCCCCACCUAAUUUAUAGCUUUCAAAUGGAAAAUGAAGUUCUCCAUAAUGUAAAUAAUAAUUAUGGGAAUGCAUAGGCAUUAUAUUUUAUUAAUUAAAUCCUUAGUUACAUUUUCAAGAAGUGUUUCAUUAAUAAACAUUUUUAUUAAUCUCUUUUUUAUAUAAAUUUUGAAUAAAAAUCUACAAACAUUUAUCAUGGCUGCCUUCUAUGCAUCAGUCAAGCAAAUGUACUAAAGAAUACCUAUCAGACAGCAUAGUCAUACAACAUGUUCAGGCAAGAAGUUGUGUUUUUGCAAGAAACAUUGUGACUUAAAUUUACAUAAAUGGAAAGUACUUUUUGUUGUGGAAAAGCAGAGUUUCUUAGCAGAAGGCAUGAGGCCUGCUGUUGUGAACCAUCACCAAAGGCCCACCGUACAAAAUUUUAAGCUUGUUGUUGACCCCAAUCUGGUGGGAGGCUCGGCACCGUAUUACAGUUUCGGAGCAGACGUGGAAGACAGUCUCGCGCGUCAUGAUCCCAGAGAGCCGGUGAGCAUCGACCGCAAGGACGUGGAUCUUCCUGUGCCCCAGUUCGAGGACGGUUCGACGAACCACAUAAGUGUCAUCAGCAGCCACAGAGGCCCUGCCAUGGCGCAAGAUUCCAUCAACACUUUCCUCGACGACUAUUACGAGGUGUUUCAGAAGAACAUGAAGGAGCGAGUGUCUAAGUGUGAGCCUUCGAACCUCAUAUACGUUAAUACCUGCGAUGUCACGCAGCCGCCGCCGACAUUUCGCGCGGAGCCCCCCGGCGGCAUUCAUUUCGACGGGCACGCGCUCCACAGGAGGACUAAGCACAGACAGUUUCCACCACGUUUCGAUGGUGAAUUUUUGGGGAUAGGGGCAGGGGUUGAUGGUAGCUGUACGUCUCCCACGCCUUCCUUCGAUCCUCGAGUUCCUCCUCCGAUGUUCCAUCGUCCCAACUACUCGAUAGUGGAGAAAAUCAGACUGCCGCCUUUGCACAUACCACCGCCGCCGAUACCACUCCAUCCUCCGUUACCACACACGCUGCAACCCCCGCUGCCCCCGUCACCUCCCCCUCAACCUCCUCCGUUGCCUCCGUCGGACAAGACGGAAGAAGGAGAGCUGUCUGUUGCGAGCAGGAGGAAGUCCCAGGACUCCAGGCACGGCUUGUUUUCCCCGCCCUCCACCAGCGGGAGAAGGAGCAAGCACGGCGAGAGUUCGUCCGGCCGCACGGGCGAGAUAGAACCCUCCAAGCUCGACUUGGACUCCAGGAUCAAGCUGCUGCUUAACGACGGGCCCCUGGGUCAUCUUGUGCCCAAAAAGAAAACUCCCCCCAGCUCGAGGAAGCAUUCCCACCAGAGGCCCUCGCCUCCGUCCUCGCACAACACGCCCUUGUUCGAGGAACAUCCCGACGAGCCUCUUUCACCGCCCCCCUCGCCAUUCCGCUCGAGGGCCAUCUACCUGAAGUGGCACGGCUUGUGGCUGCAGAAGAACUUGAACACGAAGAAGAACUUCAUGGACAGAGCAUCGGAGCCCCACCCUGCGAAGGAGAAGACUCGGGUGAUAAAAGCAGACAAAUCUUCGAUAGCGAAGAAGAGUUACGACAUCAAGAGGAAACUGAAGCAGGUGCUGCAGCAGCAGAAGGCGGAUGCUGCUCGGGGAGACGUGGUGCGAGAUACGCCGGAGUCUCCUCAGAGGCUGCAGGACCCCGACUCCACGGUGGAUAUUGGGCUGGGAGACACGGCGGACGGUAGCGCGCAAGAGGCCAUGGUUUGCGAUAGCUCCGGGUCUCCGGCGGGCACGGAUGGCUUGGCCGUUACCGUUCAGAAUGUCGUCCGGAGUGUCGUCGGGGAGUUGACCAAAGACUUGAGACAAGAACUGAGCGAUAAGCUCCUGGAAUACAUGUUUGGCAAAGCCAUCGAAAACUGGGGAGAAAUGAAGUCUCGGGGCUUGCCUACGUGAACUAAGUAAGUAGGAAUCUUUUUUUUUAAGGCAGUUUAAGGUUGAAUUUAGUUGUUAUGUAAAUAUUGUUUAGAAAUGUGGUUUUCUUUGUAAGGACCAUUCUUGUACUGCACAGAAGGCAAGUUAAAAAAUGAACAAGUUAGAGUACAUACUUCAAUAACAGCAUGCAUUGUCAUGUUGCAACCAAUCUUACUGAAUAGUUUGAAUUUUCAUUACAUUAUUAGAAGCUUUGAUUUUGUCUUCUUUUUUUUUCAAUGUUAUGGCAAGGAAAUGGUUUGAUUUUUAAACUUUAUUUUGCAGCUGUAGUAUGCGUCUAAAUAUUUCAGUUCUUGUAACUGAUGUUCCAAGAAAAGUAGCAGAAUGUUGAUGGGUAAAAAGAUUUCUUGUUAAGUGAAAUGUUGACAAAAGUUGAAGAAAAUGUUGAAUGGUGUUGAUUCUGUUUUGUUUUGAGAUAUGUUUGUUGAACAGGUAACAGCUGCUGAUUGGCUGAAACUGAACAUAGUUGUCAGCAUUAUUGUGUUAUGUUGAGUGUUCUAUGGUUAAUAUUGUAGCUUGUGAUUCACAACAUUGUAUUGUUUUAGUGCCACUUUCAGAUUUAAUAAGUGCAUACUUACGCAGUAAUUGUUGGGUAAGUUAAAAAUGAAAAACUUGUGUGAUGCACAUUAUUUAUUAUGUACAAGGUAAGCUGUGUUGAAUUUUUUUUCAUUGUCUCAGUUUGAUUUAUUUUUCCAUUUAUUAUUUUUAUUAAGUUUUUGUGUUGCCAGUUCAGAAUAUUUGUGGUUGCUGUCUAGCUAUUGAUGAAGUUCACAAUUAGCUCUUGUAAUAGAUACAGUAUUUUUAAAACUCUGAAAGAUUUAUGUUAGGUUUCACAUGUCAUGUUGGUUUCUUGUAUUUUCGUUUCAUUGUUGUAUUUGUCAUUUUUGAUUUUAUCGUCGUUCCUUUGUAUGUACUGCUGUAUAAGCAUUGGAAAUUGCCUUUUGUUUUUAAAUUUUGCUUCAGAUAUAUUCUGCACAUUAGCUUAUAUUUUCGGAAAUUCUGGCAAAUAUCAUAUUCAAAAUUUUUCCUGGCUAAUGGUAUGAUCACAUACUAGAACAGUGGUUUCCAAACUUUUUGAAGUCGAAGCACAUUUAAAAUCCUACAAAUAAUUGUAAGGGCACCAUUUUCAAAUUUCUAAGAAAUAUGUUAUAAUAAUUGAGUCAGUAUUACAGUAACAAAAAUGUUAAGAAAGAAAAAUGAAAUAUACCUUAAGUUCAUACAGUCUUCUUUACAAACAGUGCUAUACUGAACUAAAUCACUAUUCGGGAAAAACGUAUAAUGAUGUGUUAACUAUAAAGAGCGGUAUAUCUGUAGUGAAAUGGUAUAAUAUAGUAAGUAUAUUUAAUUUUAUAUCUGGACACACAUUUCUCUGGAAUACUACAGGGUGCAUCCGGAUGGCUUUUAGAAUGCACACUUUGAAUACCACUGGCCUAGAAGUUCAUUCCCUCUGAUUUCACAGUUUGAUAUUACAUAACAACUUUACUUUUGCAGUCCCAUAGUAGAAAUUUUUUUCUUUAUAACUAUCUGUAACUAGCCAGAAAAAAUUAAUGUUUGACAUGGCAGGUGAAGUUGAACUUAAGGGCGUAUUACUUUCAGUUCAUUUCUUUGUAUCUCCGCUUAGGAGAGUGUUGUGGACACAGUAAAAACAAUCAUUUUAAUCUCCAAAAAAAUUUUUUUUUGUGUUUUGUAAUUUUUAAGUAUCAGUGUUUAAAUUUAAACUCUCAAUUUUCUGGUUCUAGUAAUGUAUGACUCAGCAAAAUUAAAGAAUUAAACUGAAAUAGUGAUCGAAAGCUAUUAUGAUAAAUUUGAAGAUACCAUUUUAAGUCAAAAUCUCUACAUAGUUUCUACCUCCUGAUUUAAAUUGGAUCUGGACAGGUGGUUUGUAGAAAAUUAAAUGGAGUGCAAAGGGUUUUAAUAUUAAUAAAAUCCACACUUAUGUGAAUUUCAGUUAUGUUAGAUUUUUCAAUGUUCUACAUAUACUUUUAAUUGUAACAAAUAUUUCCAAGUGAAAAAAAAAUGGUCUUCCAAGAAUUACGUUAUACUUUAAAUGUUGUAGUUUUUUUAGUUUAUUGUAUAUUGUCAAAAAUAUUAAAACCAUGACUUACAGAAAAGUGUGUAAAAAAAUAUAUGCAUGCUAGGAUAUUGUUGUUUAGUUAAAUAUAAUAUGACUGAUACUGAGAAUAAAAGUACCUACUUUUAAUAAGAUACAAAGGAAUGAUGUGAAAUGUAUGUAACGUCCUUACAGGCUUCUAUUUUAAGCCUUUUUCUAAAGAAGCAAAAUAUAUGGGCAUGAUUUGGGGAGUAUGUAUUGGUACGCGAUGAUACAUGGCUUUUUUCAAGUUAUAUUUAAAGAUUUGAGUUUAAUCAUUGUUUAUUUGUUUAUGCUUCUCACAUUUAGAUUGUUUUGUUUAGAGCUCUGUGCAAAGUGCAUUGCCGUGUUUUACUGUGGUGUGUGUCGUAGAAUUAAGGCAACCUGAUGUCCCGGUGCACGUACAAGUGUUGCGACAACACUGCAGAAACUAACCUACAUCUGUGUGUUGAUACGAACAAAAAAUCCCAGACAAAAAAUGCCAAAAUGGACUUGUUUGUUGUUGAGCCCAACAUUGCAAUUACUGAGGCAUGCUUACAACAUUGUGCAUAUUGCUAGGCAAUAUUGCUUCGACUCACAUUAGCCUGUUUUGGAAAAGUAAUUUGACCCCACACUGUCAGGUGUGUGUUUUGUCCCUGCCUCAUGCUGUUUGUGAGACAAUUGCAAACAUUUUGUCUACUGUUCAUACAUAUGUACAUACUUAAAACUAUAUAUGAACUUUCCGAAUUUUUGAAACUACUUCCACUUCAGCUUAGCAAAGAGACAUCUUGUAUUUCUUGUGUUCUAAGCAAUAGUUUAUCACAUAGGUAAUUGUGAGACUGUCAGAAAAUGCUUUUUUCCCCUAGUUUGUUUAUUUGUUACCAAUUGUGUUAUUUAUUUCCAUAAAUUUUUAGAUGGUGCACAAAAUUUGUUUACAGAUUCUAAUUGUAUGCCAGUUUUAAAUAGCCUACAGUUUUUGUAAGACAUAUAACGUACUUGCAUUAUAAUAACGUCAAAGUAUUGAAAUUAAUAUAGAAUGAAUUUUAAUUCCACUGUUACUUUGUUUUUAUAGCUUUUUAAGGGUUUAUGCAUUUUAAUCUUUGACAUGGAAUUUUUGUUUUGUUAAGUUAUUUGACAUAAGGUUGUUGUGGUAGUCCAGGUUUAAUGGCAAGGAUAAAGUCACUAUCUGCACAUCUUGUAUCACAAUGUUUUUUGGCAUUCAUUUGCUCCACAAAUUAAUUUUUAAUAAUAUAUAGCUAUCAAAAGAAGUUUUGCUCUCAGCAAAAAAAAUCUGUCUCAUGCUGGUCAUAGAGUUUUUGUUACCUUAACACAUUUUACACUUUUUUUAUUCAGUCAAUAUCUAUCUGAUUCCCAUGAUUACAUCUUUUCAUCUGAUGGUUCCCAUAUUUUUCAGUAACAUGAUCUUAAGAUAUUUAACACUGCAACUUUAUUUGAGCCAUGAAUAAACAAUUUUGUGUCUGAAAAGAUUCACAUGAUUUGGGUGACAUAUUCACACCUGAUAUUGUAAGGCUAAGCUACUUUACCAUUUUCACUAGUAUCAGGGUUACUUUUGAUGAUAUAUUAAUUCAAUUAACCCUUUGAAAUCAAAAUAGUAACCCUCCUGUAUUUUUGACACCAAUGGUUUUUAAGAAACUUAAUGUACUCAUAUUUAAAAAAAUUCUCCUUCGUAAACCUUGAAACAGCUGACAGAUCUAACUCUGUGCAGUAUACGUAAAAUAUGAUACUUUGUAAAGUGAACUUGACGAUAUUAUGCUGCCUCAUUUGCCACUUUGGCAUCACUAUUUUUUGAGAAACACAUUUAUGUUUUAAUAAAAUAUAAGUUUGCUCAGUGUUUUUCUUUGUGGAGAUUGUAAGAACAUCAACUACUAUAAAUAAAAUAUUUAUUGUGCAUGUUGAAAGUCAAAUGUAGGCAUUGAACAAACAAUGAACAUAAUUUAGUUUUUGUUUGCACAAGUACCACUUAGUGAUAUUUUUAUGAUUUUCAUAACCUUUUACUGGUGUUCAGUUAUGCAUAGUUGGAAAUGAAACCGAUUUUCAUUUUGCUAAAGAUGCAAGACUGUGAUGUAUUUUCUGGCUGAUUGUGGUAGUGAUAGCCCUUAGUAGCAUUUGAUUAUCAAUAUUUAAUGGCUGUGCCGGGUUUCCCAAAGACUGCAAAUAUGUAGUAACUAGAGUAGAAAAAGAAUUGAGUUCUCCUUAAAAAAAUUUCUUUAAUUGUUUUAAAUGUUUUCUUGGAAAUAUAGUUGGUAUAGUGACUUUUUUUUACCUAGUAAAUGUACCAUCCCAAUUUGUUUUUUGUGAUAGUUAUUUACCUUAGAGCCUAAUGAGCCCAAGUGCCAAAUAUGGUGAUUAUUAUUUUAUGGCAGAUUAUGUCUCAAAUUUGGUUUUCUAUCAAACCACAACAUUGAAACUACUCAAAAAUUUUAUCUAUUAAAUAGUUUAGUGAGAGUUUUAAGAGCAUAGGUCCUAAGCUGUAGUUGAGAUAGACGCACGUAAGUCUGAUUACAAUGUUAUGUGCCUGUGGAAAAAAAAAAUAAUCAUAAUGGACAGAUUUAUGGAGGGUUAUGAAAAAAACAAUAUCAUUUACUCUUGUGUUUAAUUGUCCAACUGAUUGGGCUUGUUUGGUUCUGAGUUGUUAAUUCUAGCAGGGUUUGUACGCCUCUUUAAAUAAUACUUAAAAACUCCUUAAUAAAGACUGAUAGCUUGCAAGUAAUGGAUGAAUGCGGGUAUGUUAAUGUUCUUUUGUUUCCGACUUGGUGGAAAAAAAUGCUUGCACAUGCACAGUACUAUUUUAGAAUUUCGGGCCAUACAUAAAAAAAAAUUAAUUUGUUUUUCAUAGUUUGUCUCUCAUCUUCAAAUAAAAAUGUGUUUUAUAGUCUUUCUUUGAACUUAUAAAGUACAUAUAAUUAGUAAUCAUAGUAAAUAGUAGGGGUAUAAAAUUCAGAUAGAUACUACUUGAGUUAGAUGUGUUCCAGGGAUAAUUCUGGACAAUAAGGGUUUAUCUAAGUAAUUUUUUUUGCAUUAACUAUUUAACAUUGUUAUUUCCUUGAGGUACUUUUGCAAUAUUACAAAUGGUUUUCUACCUCUGAUAGUGAUGAAGACAACGAAGUAAAGGGAGCCUUAAAAACCUCGUAAUUUUUUAUUGAUCAAGAGGGUACAAACUUUCUUCACAUUGCCAUAUUUUCAGCGAAGGAAAUACAUCAUAGUUCCUCCUUGUUUCUCCAUUAUAUACUUCACUUGUGAUUUUAUUAUGUUGCUCCCUAACAAAAUAUGCAGGUUUUUCUCUGCCACGAUCUGAAUUUGCGUGGCUUUGUGACUUAAAACACAUAGAUGUUUCUGCCGAAAUUGCAGUGGGCACAUUCGGGGUGGCAGUUACCACAGCUACCAGCGACCACAUGUAACUGCUGCCCUGGAGACAGUAACUACAGUGUCGACCAGUGUAAUCAUGAAAAUCAACACACUUGGUGGACUGAAAGUUACUUUGGAACUUUUCCAUCUAAGUUUUAUUGUCAAAAGUCUGAAGUAUAAUAGAAUGUCCCGUGUGACUUGCAUUAUCCUGCUUACUGGUCCUAUGUAAUGUACACAUAAUUAUAUGCAUUGAAUGAAAAAAGUGUGUGCCACUGUACAUUGUGUACAAAUAAAUAUUUCAUGGUAAGUUA